CUCAUCUUCGUUGAAUCCUUAUCUUCGUUGAAUGAAAUCAGUUACGAAUCGUGGGGAGAAAGUAAAGGAACUGAAAGGAGAAAAAGGAGGACUUCAACUCCUCACUCACAGCCUAUAUAUAGAUGCAUUCAGAAUGAAAAUAGGAGCAUCUUCCACUACGACAAGUUAGAGCUUAAGAGAAAAAACACUUACUUUAAAUUCUGAGAAUUAAGUUUACUGCUUUACGUGUUGAGAGCUGCAGCUUGUCCUUUGUUUCCUGUUCAAAUACCAGUUUCGGUUUUUUUUCAUUAGCGUCUACAACUACAAUCUCAGCAUGCAUUAUCCUCCUACUACCUAUGGAACACCUGUCCUUUCCUAUUAUCCUCCACUGAGGCCUCCUUCUGCAUUUGGUAACAAGAGGGCUGUGUUAUUUGGAAUCAGUUAUGCUGACACGGCGGCUCCGAGGAAGCUUAAAGGUUCUGUGAACAAGGCUAAACUCAUGAAACAAUUUUUGAUUGACAAGUUGGGAUUUCCUAGCAAUUCCAUAUACAUGCUCACAGAUGAUUCAGAGGAGAAAAACACAAUCCCAACAAAAAGUAACAUGCGAACGGCCAUGAGGUGGCUAGUUGAGGGCAGCAAACCAGGGGACUCGUUGGUGUUUUACUUCUGUGGACAUGGAUCACGGGUUAAAGACCGUAACAUGGAUGAGGUUGAUGGGUAUGAUGAAGCAAUAUGUCCUGUUGAUUAUGAACACGAGGGUAUGAUACUCGAUGAUGAAAUCAGUGCCACAAUUGUUAGGCCUCUACCUCAUGGUGCCAAACUCCAUGCCUUCGUUGAUGCAUCCUUUAGUGGGACAGUUCUUGACUUAUCAUUUUUGUGCAAGAUGAACCGGAUUGGUUCUUUUGGUUGGAAAGAUCAUAGACAACGGAGAGCCGGUUACAAAGGCACAAGUGGAGGGAUAGCAGUUUGUAUUUCAGCCUGUGAUGACAAAGAUGGAAAAGCAGCAAGCAAAUCGGCCUUGACUUACAGUUUCCUCCAAGUCAUGCAAGAUGUACCUAAAUUGACAUAUGGUCGCUUGCUCAAUGCUAUGCUCUUUACAAUCCAAUGGGCUAAAGCUGGAAAGAUUGAACUAAAAGGCCAAGAUCUUGCAAGGACCACUUCGCAACAAUAUGCUCAAGAGCCGCAACUGUCGUCUUCUGAGAAGUUUGAUAUUUCUACCAAGUUGUUUAUAAUCUGACACAAAUAAAAGCAUUGUUGAAUAAAAUGGGCGCAGGAACAGAAAAAGACUAAUGUCCAGUUGGGAAUAAGGAAAGUACUUGGAUUGGAUGUAUACUAUGUACCGACUCAUUUGUGCUGUCCAACCACUAGCUGUUCUAAACAUUGAUGUAGAUUAAGACACUUUUGACAAUAAACUACUCUCUCUGAUUUAUGUGUAUAUGAUUCAUUGAGGAAGUGAAUGAGUUAUGUAAAUUACAUUAUUGAUUUUUGGUUCGGUGUUUGCUUGUUCUUUGCUGAGAUAAAUACAAUCUUUUUCCGAGAAGCUACGAAGAUGAAUUAGUGAAUGCAUUAUAAAGUUGUUGUAAAACAUUAUCAACGAGGAUAAG